AUGCCAGAUAUAUUAUCAGAUGAGUCUUCUGAUACAGAUAGUAUAGAAUUUGAAAUAUCAUAUGAAUCCUCUGAUAUAGACAGCGUAGAACUCAAAGUAGAUUUAGCUUUUGAAUCCUCUGAUACAGAUAGCAAAUCGAUCAUAAAUUCUGAUUUAAUUUUAUUAGUAAUCAUCACUUCUUCAAUAAUUCCUGAGAUAUUGGUUCGUCCUGAUGAAGAUUCGUCCUCAUGGAGAGGUAAAGCUCUGCAUCUCUGUUAA